AUGUAUGCAUUCAAGAGCAAGAGGAACGGCGGGCAGGACGAGGUGGUCGACCUCACGGGACCCAAUAGGCCGGCGAAAGGUGCGGUUCGCAACGGCAAGUUGCCGUUUGAUCCCCAGAUCGGCGCGAAGCGGCUCGUUGUGAAGAACCGACGGACCAGCACGCGGUUGGAUCCGAAGCAGUAUCUGGAAACGGCGUGGAGCCGGCUGGACACGGCGAUCGAUGUCAUUCUCGCGGACCGGCCGAUUGACUUUUCGUUGGAGGAGCUUUACAAGGGGGUGGAGAAUGUGUGCCGGCAGAAUAUGGCGCAGGAGUUGACGGAGCUAUUGAAAUCCAAGCUCGGAGCGUAUGCGUCGGGGUCGAUGAGGGCGCAGCUGCGCUCGAGGUUAGGCGGGACAAAUGUGGAUUUUCUCCAGGGGACGGUGUCGAUCUGGGGAAAAUGGCUUCAACAUAUGGUCAUGAUAAGAUCCAUCUUCUCCUUCUUGGACCAAACCUACCUCCUGGCCGAAUCUCUACCCACGAUCAAAGAGAUAGCGAUCGGGUUCUUCCGCGAUGAGAUUCUUGGAGAUGUCGAAUUGAAAGGGAAGGUUCUCAACGGCGUCUGCGACCUCGUCGAGGCGGAUCGGACAGGCCGGACACCGGAUUUGAGCCUAUUCCGCGAAUCGAUUCGAAUGUUCCGCGAAAUAUCCUCCUACACGACGGUAUUGGAGCCAAAGAUGCAUCAUGCGUCCCAAAUUUAUGUGCGGGAGUGGGCGAACGAGGCAGACGCCAAGUCGCUCUCAGACUAUGUAAAGAGUGCGUCCGAACUGAUCCAGCGCGAGGUAGAUCGGUGCGAUCUAUUCAGCUUGGAUGUCUCCACGCGGCGCGACUUGGUGACGUUGCUAGAGGAGCACUUGAUUGUCAGUAGGAAAGACCGUCUAGUGGGUUCGGGCGAAUUCCAAGAGCUCAUGGACAAAGCCGCAACCGAUGACCUGCGACGUCUGUACUCCUUGCUUCAAAGGCGACGGUUGGGAUCGAAGCUCCAGCCCCCCUUCGAGCAAUGGAUCGACCAAACUGGGACCUCCAUCAUCUUCGACGAGAAAGAGCAGGACCAUAUGGUGGUCCGUCUGCUAUCCUUAAAGAAGCAACUGGAUCGGACAUGGAAAAUCGCCUUCGAACGAGAUGACGAUCUCGGCCACGCCAUGAAGACGUCGUUCGAAUUCUUCAUCAACAAGACUCGGAAGACAUCCGCUACGUGGAACACGGACAAUUCCAAGCCCGCCGAAAUGAUCGCGAAGUACUUGGAUCUACUGUUGCAGGGCGGUUCCAAGGCGAUCCCUUCGGCAAUGGCCUUCAAAUGGGCCAGCACCGCGAAGCCCGACGAGGAAGGCGAUGCGGACCAGUACGCCGGGGACGAAGACGCCGAAGUGAACAAUCAGCUCGAUCAAGCGCUGGACCUAUUCCGAUUCGUGCACGGCAAGCAAGUCUUCGAGGCAUUCUACAAGAAGGACCUUGCUCGGCGGCUGCUGAUGGGGAGGAGCGCUAGUGCCGACGCGGAAAUGAGUAUGAUCACACGGUUAAAAACAGAAUGCGGCGCGGAGUUCACCAAGAACCUGGAGCGGAUGUUCUCCGACAUCAGCCUCAGCCGCGAAGAAAUGGCCUCCUACAAGGCCAUCGCGGCAGAGCGGGAGGAGUACUCUCCGAUCGACCUCAACGUCACGGUCCUGUCGUCGUCGGCUUGGCCGUCGUACAAAGACCUCCCCUUCAUCCUCCCGCCCGACGUCAAAGUGCUGAUCGACAAGUUCGAGGAGUCGUACCGGAGCAAGCACAGCAACCACAAGUUGGAUUGGAAGCACGGCUUGGUCACCUGCCAUGUGCGGGCGGACUUCCCGAAAGGGAAAAAAGAACUCGUGCUUUCAGGAAGCCAGACAAUUGUGAUUCUGGUGUUUAAUCAGUUUUUGGACGCGGACGAUAAGGUUCCCUAUAGCGUCAUUAAAGCGGAAACCGGACUCGACGAUGCCGAGCUCAAACGAACUCUACAAUCGUUGGCGUGUGCGCGAAUCCGACCCUUAAAGAAACAUCCCAAAGGAAGAGAAGUCGACGAGACUGAUUCGUUCAGCUGGAACGCAGAUUUCCGGCACGAGAAGCAGCGAUUGAAGGUAAACCAAGUCCAGCUGAAGGAGACGCGUGAGGAGAACAAGGCGACUCAUGAGCGCGUGCACGCGGACCGACAGUUCGAGACGCAGGCGGCCAUCGUGCGGAUCCUGAAGAGUCGGCAGAGCAUCAAUCAUAACCACCUGAUUACCGAGGUGAUUGAGGCGACGAAGAAGCGAGGGGCGCUGGAUGUCGGGGAUAUCAAGCGGAACAUCGACAAAUUGAUUGACAAGGACUACAUGGUUCGGGAUGGAGAGACUGGCAUGUACAACUACAUUGCUUAA